UCUUCCAAUCCUUUGUUACCCAUUUUGAUUAUGCUAACCACUCAUAGAAAAAAUCAAGUUAAUCACUAGGAUAAACAAAUUUGGAUAAAAAAAAGGUGCUAUCAAAUUAAAAAAAAUUUAAUUAAAAAAGGCAAAUUAAAAAAAUCUGUGUGAACUCCGUCAAUGGAGAACGCUUCAAUAGAGAACGAGAAGCUUCAUCUUCUUCCUCCUCCUUCAUGCGAUCCCCAUUUGCCUUCAUCAUCCUCUUCCUCCUCCGCAACCAUUUCUGACAAUUUCGUAAUCGAUUUAAACGAAAUCCCAAGAACAAAUGGAGAAUAGAAUGACAUGGUUAACCAAUACGGGUAGGAGUGUCGUCCUCUUUCAUUAAUUUCCCCCAUUAAAGCCUAGUCUUGAGCUCCAUUGAAGUUUCUUGUAAGCUUCGUCAAAAUCGUUCUCUUAGUUUUAUUUAAUUUCGAAAACGACCUUGCUUUUAGUAGUUAAAAUUACGAAGAUACCCUAUAUGUUAUCUAGGUUUUUCGGUAUUUAGAGAGCCACAAGAACGAGUGAUGAAAAUCGAUUCCAAAUUUGACUGAAAUCGGGAGAAAAACUCUAAGCAUAUGAGUUAUCUCUCACUCUCUAUAUAUUAUCCAGGUGAUUGACUUGUAUUUUCUAAACCACACCAGCCAUAAUAUUUUCAACAAUUGCCCAAAAAAGGAAAAAUAAAAUAAAAAAUCAUGUGCUAAAAACUCACUUGCGAGUGCUUAGAGCUAAAACCCUGACAUAAACCUUACAAAUUACAAAAAAAAUAAAAAAUAAAAAAAUCUUGCCUUUCUUAUCGCUUUUUUUCUGUGUUUCUAACAUCCUAAUUCUCUCUCCAUAAUUGCUCUUGCUCCAGUUUAAUGCCAUAAAAAUGGCUAAUUUAUCAACUAACUGGGUUUUUCAAGAUAGAGGAUUGAGGUGUUUGAUUCCAUGUGAUACAUCAUUUUUCAAGGCCUCAUUUGUUGCUUCAUCUUCCAAUGCAAUGUUACCAGACAGAGGGAGGCUGCGUCUUCCAUCAGUUAGGUCUCGGUCACACAUUAUAAAAGGUAAAAAGGAGGACGAAUCCUUUGAGGAAGUAUCUGUUGAACGUGCACCAUAUCACAGUUAUUUGGACUCAACGUCGGGGAGGAUUGAACCUGCCUCUGGUGCACGUGCAAGUAUUCCAGGACAGGAGUACUGGCCUGAAGGCACUGUUGAUCGAGUCAGGGCUGCCAGGGCUCCAGCACCAAAAGGAGAGUCAACAAGUGCUUCAUCCUUUGGGAAGAGGCCUGGAAGCAGACGUAAAAACUACAAAGGAUCUGUUUCUUUUGCUGGCUCUCAGGAAACAAGUCCAGUCACUUCUGACCCUGCUAUAACAGAGGCUUCAGAUGAUGUUGAUGAUUCUAAAGACGAUUCUUCAGAAUAUGUUAUCUACCAAUCAGAUCUUGAAACUGAGGAGUUAAGUGAAUAUGAGCUGGACAAAAAAUUUGGACGACCUCAUCCCUUUGUUGAUCCAAAAGUGAAAAAGCCAAUAGUAGAGCCACUUACAAGUGAUGAACUUUGGUGGAAUUGGAGAAAGCCUGACAAGGAGCAAUGGUCUAGAUGGCAAAGGAGGAAACCAGAUGUUGAAACGGUUUUCCUCAAAGCUAUGGCUGAGACUGGACAAGUGAAGCUUUAUGGUGAACAACCAACACUAACAGAGACAUCACUCUACAGAGCAAGACGCCAUCUUUUUAAAGAGGAAAGGCUAAAUGCUGAACAAGAGAGAUUGCAGAGCAUAGGCCCCAUGGCAUAUUACUCUGAAUGGGUUAAAGCAUGGAAAAGAGAUACUUCACGUGAAGCUAUUCAGAAACAUUUUGAAGAGACCGGUGAAGAUGAGAAUACACAACUUAUUGAAAUGUUCAGUCAUCAGACAGAUAGAGAAUAUCGCAUAAUGAUGGGGACUGAUGUUCGAAUACGCAGGGAUCCUUUGGCUAUGCGCAUGCGUGAGGAUCAAAUAAAGCAAAUAUGGGGUGGGGAUCCCGUUUAUCCAACUAUCAACUACAUUCAAGACCCAGAUGUUGUGAUUGAUUAUAGAGGUCCAGAUUUUCAUGAACCUACACCUGACAUGCUAGCUCUUCUAAAGGAGCAUGGAAAAAUCAUUUCAAGGGAGGACCUAGAAAAGCUUUUGGCCAAAGAGAAGACUGAAGAGCAUGAGAUGGCAGAUAUGGAUGACGCUAUGGCACGUGCUGUGGAUAUUGGUGAGAAUGAGGAUGAGGAUGAGGAUAGUGACUUGGAGGGCAAUGAUGAGAAGGAAGAGAAGAUUGAUAGAAAGUGGAGUGUCCUUAAAAGCAAUUCUCAGCUUCGCAAGUCAAAGGACAAACCUAAGAAGAAAAAUUCCUUGUCUUUGGAUGAGGCUGUAGAUGAUUCAGAGAACUUGACUGAUUUUCUUUUGGACUUCGAUGAAGAAGAGUAACACCUGCAAUAACUGAAAUACUGAUUGACUUCAGCAUUAGGGUAUGGAUGAUUAAUGUGGCAUCAUUGUUUAGCAUGUAUUUCGUACUUGUAUAUAAGAUGACAAGAUUUAAAUUUUUUCCUGUUACUUUAAUUGUAUGUAGUAUGUAUUCGUCACAGUCCAUGGUACAUUGGUACUGCUGUUUACAGAUCAGCUUCUGUGAACAUUUUUGGCGUAUUACCUGGGCGAGUUUGUACUUUGCAAUCAGAAGUGAGGAUCACUUUAGCACCCAAUGAACAAACGCAACAAUAGGCAGCAGGCAUGUAUGGUAGGUGAUUUAUCAAAUGGAGCCACGGAGAACCCCUUUGCUGUAAAAAAUUGCAGUACCAUCCAUGCUUCUGGAUCUGAAUCACUCGUCAUAACCAUGGAAGUAUCAAUAAUUUAGAUAUGUGGAAACUGCAGAUGGUCCUGUUACGUUUGUUGUACAUUGUAACUCUUGUAAGUCAUGUAUGUAACCUUGUUAAUUCUUGUGAGUCAUGUAACCUUGUUAGUGACUUAGUGUAUAAACUAAAUGAUUCAGAUGUUUAUAGUUGACAUCGGUGUCAAAUGAUGUUGAUUUCCUUUUAUUUGGAUGGUAUUAUUGUAAGUAAUAUAGUUCUACUUUGACCUCUAUUAAAAAAGUUUGAAUGACAUAGAUUGAACAA